AUGGCAUCUUAUGGACCAAGAUUGGUUGUGCCUAUAGAUGUGAAGAAGAAACCAUGGGAACAGAAGCUUCCACUUCACAACCGAUGGCACCCGGACAUACCACCGGUGGCAGAAGUUACAGUUGGAGAUGUUUUUCGGGUCGAAAUGGUGGAUUUUAGUGGAGGUGGUAUUACCAAAGAAUACACAGCAGAGGACAUCAAACAUGCCAAUCCCUCCAUUGUUCAUUAUCUUAGUGGGCCAAUUAGAGUUUUGGACAAGGAUGGCACUCCAGCAAAGCCAGGUGAUCUUCUGGCAGUUGAGAUAUGCAACCUGGGUCCUCUCCCAGGAGAUGAAUGGGGUUUCACAGCAACAUUUGACAGAGAAAAUGGAGGGGGUUUUCUCACUGACCAUUUUCCUUGUGCAACCAAAGCUAUUUGGUACUUUGAAGGGAUAUAUGCGUACUCACCUCAAAUACCAGGAGUGAGAUUCCCAGGUUUAACCCACCCCGGAAUAGUUGGAACAGCACCAUCAAUGGAACUCCUGAAUAUAUGGAAUGAAAGGGAGAGAGAACUUGAAGAAAAUGGACUCAACUCUAUGAAACUAUGUGAGGUUUUGCAUCAACGACCAUUGGCUAACCUACCAUCAACAAAAGGUUGCGUCCUCGGAGGGAUCAAGGAGGGCACUCCUGAAUGGGAAAAGAUAGCCUUGGAGGCUGCAAGAACAAUUCCAGGAAGAGAAAAUGGUGGCAAUUGUGACAUUAAAAAUCUUAGUAGUGGUUCAAAGAUAUACCUUCCAGUAUUCAUUGAAGGAGCAAAUCUUAGCACUGGUGACAUGCACUUUUCCCAGGGCGAUGGUGAAAUUUCAUUCUGUGGAGCAAUUGAGAUGAGUGGUUUCCUGGAGCUCAAGUGUGAAAUUAUAAGGGAUGGAAUGAAAGAAUACCUUACACCAAUGGGGCCCACUCCUCUUCAUGUGAACCCAAUCUUUGAGAUAGGCCCUGUUGAGCCAAGAUUUUCAGAAUGGUUGGUGUUUGAGGGCAUCAGUGUUGAUGAGAGUGGGAAGCAGCAUUACCUAGAUGCAACUGUUGCAUAUAAGCGUGCAGUACUGAAUGCUAUUGACUACCUCUCUAAAUUUGGAUACUCCAAAGAGCAGAGCUACCUUCUGUUGUCAUGCUGCCCAUGUGAGGGAAGAAUUUCUGGAAUAGUGGACUCUCCCAAUGCCAUGGCAACCUUAGCAAUCCCAACAGCUAUCUUUGACCAGGAUAUACGUCCAAGAGCAAACAAGGUGCCAGUUGGGCCUCGGAUAGUGAGGAAACCAGAUGUCCUGAAAUGUACUUAUGAUGGAAAUUUGGCAACUACAAGGAACCUUAGCUCAGCAACAUAA